UUCGACAUUUUGUGGAAUUAAUAGUCCUGAAAACACACGUUUGAACAUAUAUGAGCAAUUGGAAUAGGAAUGUGUUAAUUAUGUUGGAUCCCAAUAUUUAUGGAUUCCAAUUGAGCCCACAUGUUCUGAAAUGGAAAAUUACUCGAGCAAUUUCCUCCAUAAUUGCUUUUGUCGCCGUAAUGAAGCCUCUUUCUAUACAAAGAUUAAACUAAUAUGAUUGCUUUUUCUCAUUUUAUUAAUUUAGCACAUUGUUAGAUAUUUUUGGAGUGGUAAAGCAAUAUACUAAUGCAUAUCUAAUAUCACGGAUACCCAUAAUAGCACAUUUUAAUAUAGGUAGAUAUGAUUGCAUACCUCAAAUAUCCAUGAUGAUGCAUUUUAACGCAGUUCUUCUUCUUCAUUGGGGUUGUGUCAACUUCUCUAGGAACAUCUCCCAUCCCACUCUGAUAUUUCAUCUAAGAUUUCCUCAUUUGUAUCUUAUGCUUGCCAGCCGAUUUGGACAGUAAUCUACACAACCACCACGCCUUUGAUUGUUCAAGGUAGAGUGAAUCUUCAAUUAUGUCCGUUAUUGAUUCAUUAUAUCCAAUUUCAUCUCAGCUCUAUUAAUGAAGCGUCCCAGCAAUAAAUGACGUUGAUCCUUUACAUGCUUUUGUCUAGACUGUGCGGCAAUGCCUCCAAGAAUAAGAAAAGCUCAAUAUAAGACUUUAACACGUAAAAGAGCUAGAAUUGAAAUUCCCAAACAGCCAUCAGAGGAUCUUACAACUACUUCAGCAGUGUUUGGGGAAACAUCUGUUGUGUCUCAGAGCACCAUGCGGGGGUCAUUAUUGAAUCUUCAUCAAGUUUCGCCAUCGCCAGCUGGUGAUAAGUUAAAACAUUAUUCUAUGUCUGCUGUCUGAAGCAUGAAAUAUCCAUGCCUGUAUUAUGCGUUACUAACAUUCGUUCAUAUCGGCCGCUUACCGUAGUAUACUUACCACUCUUAUGUUUGUUGUAUACAUAUCAGGUCCAUCACGACCGAGGAAAACACGCUGUCAGAAUAUGAAGCAAUUGGGAUCCAGAGAUAUAACUCGACCCAUAUUUUGUCAGGAACAGGGUAUGCGUGAUAUGGGGGAUGAAUGUAAUGAAAGCAUCGGUCGAGUAACACAAGCAAGCCGUGAGAAAACUGAUCGUUUGAAUCGGCGGAAUUUGGGCGGAGCUCCAUUCUGUGCUAGGCAUAUUCCCACGACUAGAAAACCACUCCACAAUGAUAUUCUGGGGAUUGGUCAGCCAGAGUGUGUUUGUAAAUACUGUGGUGCUUUGUUUUGGGAUAUGGAGAGGCUCGACCGCCAUCGAGCGACGACUAAUCCAAUUUAUGCAUUAUGCUGUCAAAAAGGUCGCGUUGGUUUGCCGCUCUUAGCACAACCUCCACAUUUGUUGGCUGAACUUCUGCGGUUUGAUGGUGGCGCUAUGUCCAAGCAUUUCGAGGACAACAUUAGACCGUAUAAUCGUUCAUUGUGUUUCACAUCAUUUGGCGCUUCUAUCGACCCUCGCUCUCUCUCUGGAAGGGGGCCUUAUUCAAUGGUAAUAUGUGGAGAAAAUUAUCAUAGGAUUGGUUCGUUGUUUCCUCCUGAUGGUGAAAAACCAAAGUUUGCCCAGCUCUAUAUUUUUUAACCAGAGAAUGAAAUUGACAACCGUUUGGCAAAUUUUGCUUCCCGUGAUGCUCUACUUAUGCCAGAAUUACUCACUUUAUUGCUACAAAUGCUGGAUCAAAACAAUCAACUUGUCAAGACAUUCAGGCGAGUUCGACAGCAGUUGCAGGAUUCUACAACGACAAAUUUGAAGCUUCGAAUUUUUGGAGCUAAGAGCAGAAAUCGACAGUAUGACUUGCCAAGCAGCACUGAAAUCGCGGCACUCAUACCAGGCGAUUUUGUUCCAGACAGAGACGAUCGAGAUAUCAUUGUUGAUCACAUUUAUGAAGGUUUAAAGAGAAUUACAAGUCUCAAUCCAAAAUUUGAUGCAUUGCAUUUCCCGCUCUUAUUUCCAUAUGGAGAGGAUGGUUAUCAUCCGCUUAUCAAAUACAGGUCAGCUUUCUGUCCUCCUUCUAUGCGCAGACAGUUUGUUACUCAGCGUGAAUACUACACAUUUAGGCUCCAAUAUCGCAUCAACGAAAGCCAUACAAUUGUUCAAGCUGGAAAAGCUCUUCAGCACUUUUGUAUUGACGCCUAUUCAUCAUUAGAGUUAAAUAGGCUGGCUGCGCUACCGUCAGCCACAACUUAGAGCUGAAGUUUAUCAAGGCUUACAGGAUGCAAUGGCGCGGGGUGAUCUCGACGGGGAUAAAGUGGGUCAUGUUGUCCUCCCAGGGACUUAUAUAGGUAGCCCACGAUAUAUGCAACAAUUAUAUCACGAUGCAAUGGCGGUGGUCGAAUUCUUUGGAAAUCCGGAUCUAUUUAUUACAUUUACGUGUAAUUCGUUGUGGGAAGAAAUCACAGAAGCUUUUCACGAUAUUGUUGGUCCAAAUAGCUCGGACAAACCAAUGGUGGUUUCAAGGGUUUUCCACAUUAAGCUCAGCAUUUUUAUUGAUGACAUUAAGAAAAACUCCUACUUUGGGAAGACGAUUGCAAGUAAGAUCAGCCUGGUCAUUUAAUGUAGUUUGUUUUUUUUCAGCGUUGACUAUCAUUUGUCUUUCAAUGCACGUAUAUGGGUAUUUGGCUUCUUAACAGGUUUUGUUUUGUGCCAGUAAUGUAUACAGUGGAGUUCCAAAAAAAAAGGUCUGUCCCACAUACACUUGCUGGUUUGGCUGGCCGAGGAGAAUAAACUGAGGACAACUGCUGACAUUGAUGAGGUUAUCUCAGCUGAAACUCCUGACCCUCAACAAGAUCCAGUUGGGUAUGAGGUUGUUUGCAAAUAUAUGUUACAUGGCCCAUGCGGCGAAGCAAACACAAAUGCGUCGUGCAUGCGAGACAAAAAACAAUCCUCAAACUGCAGAUGCUCCAAACAAUUCCCAAAAGAGUUUAACUCAACCACGUCAUUUGACAAAUUCGGAAAUGUCGUCUAUAGAAGAUCAAACUCGGGCAUAGAGGUUCAAAAGGGCAGUUCAGUCCUCGACAAUCGACAUGUUGUUCCAUACAACCGAAAUUUGUUGGUGAGAAUGCAGGCUCAUAUCAAUGUCGAGGUAUGUCAUAAAGGCAAACUUAUUAAAUAUCUUUUCAAAUAUGUGACAAAAGGUCCAGACAGGUCAUUGGUGAUUGCUGAAAAUGCUGAUGCACCUCACAAUAAUGUAGAAGUGCAAUCCGUGAAAUACAGAGAUGAAAUUCAGCAAUUCAUUGACUGCCGAUCGUUAUCGUCUUAUGAAGCUAUAUGGAGGUUGAAUGAGUAUCCAAUACAUGUAAGAGAGCCAACAGUUGUGCGCUUGGGAGUUCAUUUGGAUGGUCAGCAAAAAAUACCUUAUAAAAAGCAAUCCAAUGUUCGAAAUGUUCUGGGGAAUUCUUAUGCCGGUAGGAUGCACUUAACAGAAUGGUUUGCGCUUAAUCGUAGAGACCCCCAGGCGAGAAUUCUGACAUAUGCACAGAUACCCAACAACUACACUUAGCUAUCUGACUGUAAGGAGUGGAGUCCUCGAAAGAAAGGAUUCGCAAUAGGCAGAAUUGCAUAUGUUCCACCAGGUUCUGGCGAUGUUUUCUUCCUCUGUAUGCUGCUCACAAAAAAUCGCGGCGCUGUUAGUUAUGCUCACCUCAGGACUGUCAAUGGAGAACUUUGUGCAGAUUUUGAAAAAGCUUGUGAAAAAUUGGGCAUUUUAUCAGACUCUUCAGAAUGGAUACGAGUAUUAGCAGAUAUCUCAUCUUCUAGCAUGCCACGAGUGAUUCGAAGCACUUUCGUGUCAAUGCUGAUGUUCUGUGAAAUACCAAGCCCGAUAACAUUGUUCAACUCUUCUUGGAAAUCUAUGUCUGAAGAUUAUGCGUAUAGUUUAAUCAAGGAUUUCAAAGAUC